AUGAAUGCAUACCUCACCAAGCAACGCAGCUGCAGCCGGGGGUCCGAUGGGAUGGAUGCCGGCAGGAGUGCACCCACACUGAUCAGGGAUGCCCACUGUGCUUGUGGCUGGCAGAGGAGCCCUCAGGGGCUUGGGUACAAUUCUCAGACCAUGCCCUCUUCAGGACCUGGGGGCCCAGCUUCAAACAGGACCAAGCUGGUCACUUUGUGGGACAGUGUGCGGAAAAGCCCCCACAAGACGGGCACCAAGGGCAAAGGGACUUGUGGGGAGCGUUGCGCCUGCCCACAUGGUUGGUUCAGCCCAACACAGGCCAGCCCUGCUCCUAUAAUUGUCAACACAGAUACUUUGGACACGAUUCCUUAUGUCAAUGGAACAGAAAUUGAAUAUGAGUUUGAAGAAAUUACAUUGGAAAGGGGGAAUUCUGGCCUGGGAUUCAGUAUUGCUGGAGGGACAGAUAAUCCCCACAUUGGAGAUGACCCUGGCAUAUUUAUUACGAAGAUUAUACCGGGUGGUGCUGCAGCAGAGGAUGGCAGACUCAGGGUCAAUGAUUGUAUCUUGCGGGUGAACGAGGUCGAUGUGUCAGAGGUUUCCCACAGUAAAGCCGUGGAAGCUCUCAAGGAAGCGGGGUCUAUCGUUCGUCUGUACGUGCGCAGAAGACGACCCAUUCUGGAGACUGUUGUGGAGAUCAAACUGUUCAAAGGGCCUAAAGGUUUGGGCUUCAGUAUUGCAGGAGGUGUGGGGAACCAGCACAUUCCUGGAGACAACAGCAUUUAUGUAACUAAAAUUAUAGAUGGAGGAGCUGCACAAAAAGAUGGAAGGUUGCAAGUAGGAGACAGACUGCUAAUGGUAAACAACUACAGUUUAGAAGAAGUGACGCAUGAAGAGGCAGUCGCAAUACUGAAGAACACAUCCGAUGUCGUUUAUCUAAAAGUUGGCAAGCCCACCACCAUUUAUAUGACUGAUCCUUAUGGUCCACCUGAUAUUACUCACUCUUAUUCUCCACCAAUGGAAAACCAUCUACUGUCUGGCAACAAUGGAACUUUAGAAUAUAAAACUUCCCUGCCGCCCAUCUCUCCAGGAAGGUACUCACCGAUUCCAAAGCACAUGCUUGUUGAAGACGAUUACACCAGGCCUCCGGAACCUGUUUACAGCACUGUGAACAAACUGUGUGAUAAGCCUGCUUCUCCCAGGCACUAUUCCCCUGUUGAGUGUGACAAAAGCUUCCUUCUCUCAGCUCCCUACCCCCACUACCACCUAGGCCUGCUCCCUGACUCUGAGAUGACCAGUCAUUCUCAACACAGCACCGCAACCCGCCAGCCUUCAGUCACCCUCCAACGGGCCAUCUCCCUGGAAGGGGAGCCGCGCAAGGUGGUCCUGCACAAAGGCUCCACUGGCCUGGGCUUCAACAUCGUAGGCGGGGAAGACGGAGAAGGUAUUUUUGUAUCCUUCAUUCUGGCUGGUGGACCAGCAGACCUGAGUGGGGAGCUCCAGAGAGGAGACCAGAUCCUAUCCGUGAAUGGCAUUGACCUCCGUGGAGCAUCUCAUGAACAGGCUGCCGCUGCACUGAAGGGGGCUGGACAGACGGUGACCAUUAUAGCACAAUACCAACCUGAAGAUUACGCUCGAUUUGAGGCCAAAAUCCAUGACCUACGCGAGCAGAUGAUGAACCACAGCAUGAGCUCCGGGUCCGGGUCCCUGCGAACCAAUCAGAAACGCUCCCUCUAUGUCAGAGCCAUGUUUGACUAUGACAAGAGCAAGGACAGUGGGCUGCCAAGUCAAGGACUUAGUUUUAAAUAUGGAGAUAUUCUCCAUGUUAUCAACGCCUCUGAUGAUGAGUGGUGGCAAGCCAGGAGAGUCACGCUGGAGGGGGACAGUGAGGAGAUGGGGGUCAUCCCCAGCAAACGGAGGGUGGAAAGAAAGGAGCGUGCCCGGUUGAAGACAGUGAAGUUUAAUGCGAAACCUGGAGUGAUUGAUUCAAAAGGGUCAUUCAAUGACAAGCGUAAAAAGAGCUUCAUCUUUUCACGAAAAUUCCCAUUCUACAAGAACAAGGAGCAGAGUGAGCAGGAAACCAGUGAUCCUGAACGAGGGCAAGAAGACUUCAUUCUUUCUUAUGAGCCUGUCACAAGGCAGGAAAUAAACUAUACCCGGCCAGUGAUUAUCCUGGGCCCCAUGAAGGAUCGGAUCAAUGACGACUUGAUAUCUGAAUUCCCUGACAAAUUUGGCUCCUGUGUGCCUCAUACUACGAGGCCAAAGCGUGACUAUGAGGUGGAUGGCAGAGACUAUCACUUUGUCAUUUCCAGAGAACAAAUGGAGAAAGAUAUCCAAGAGCACAAGUUUAUAGAAGCUGGCCAGUACAAUGACAACUUAUACGGAACGAGUGUGCAGUCUGUGAGAUUCGUAGCAGAAAGGGGCAAACACUGUAUACUUGACGUGUCAGGAAAUGCUAUCAAGCGGUUACAAGUUGCCCAGCUCUAUCCCAUUGCCAUCUUCAUUAAGCCCAAAUCUCUGGAACCUCUGAUGGAGAUGAAUAAGCGUCUAACAGAGGAACAAGCCAAGAAAACCUAUGAUCGUGCAAUUAAGCUAGAACAAGAAUUUGGAGAAUAUUUUACAGCUAUUGUCCAAGGAGACACCUUAGAAGAUAUAUAUAAUCAAUGCAAGCUUGUUAUUGAAGAGCAAUCUGGGCCUUUCAUCUGGAUUCCCUCAAAGGAAAAGUUAUAAAUUAGCUACUGCACUUCCGACAAUGACAGAAGAGCAUUUAGAAGAACAAAAUAUAUAUAAUAUACUACUUGGAGGCUUUUAUGUUUUUGUUGCAUUUAUGUUUUUGCAGUCAAUGUGAAUUCUUAUGAAUGUACAACACAAACUGUGUGAAGCCAUGAAGGAAACGGAGGGGCCACAGGGUGGGACAGAAAAGACAUUGCAGUAUGCAGGAAGGCUUUGGUUUGCUCAAAGUGCCAGGUGUAGGGAUGAACCUCUGAUGGGCUUUCUGCCCAAGAGAUGGGCAGCCUCCUCACCCCAGCAGAUAUCCAGAGCUGAUUUAGCUGCUGAGCUCUCUAUGUCUUUUGCUUUAAAGAAAAGUUGCCAGCACUUGAACUUCACCAACCUUCCCAUUACCCACAUCUGUAAUUGGUACACUUCGAAUUUUAUAACUAUGCACACUCUUUGAUUUCUUAACGAGCAAAAGAAAGAAAGAAGGAAAAAGUAAAGGAGUCCCUUUGGAGAUGGCAUAAUAUCAGGGAAGGAUAAGUGUGUAGUUUCUUUGACUGGCAUCUACAAAGACGAGCAUUUCAUAAAAUUCACAAGUGUAUGGAGGACUGACCUCCCUGAGAGGAGGGGGUUCCACCUGAGGUUAGCUUUAUGAUUGUUUAUUGUCUAUUUUGCCAUUUAUAAACUGAAAGGAGGCACUAAAGAUGAGAAUAAUUUAUACAAUAAAAUAUAUUAAAUGUAUAGAAACAAAUUUCUAUAGGUUAAAAAAGUUUUGUGAAAUAUUUUGUAAAGACUAAUUGAAAGACUAAAUGUAUGCACUAUCAGCAAAUGAUCAAAUUCAAGAACUGAAACUUGCACUCUCCCUUUUGUUGCCAAUGAUCCAUUAAGAGCAUCUGAGUUCUUUCCAAAGUCUGACAAAGACUUCUCCCUCACUUACCUCCCAUGAUCUCCCUUCCAUAUUAGUGACACACUCUCAUGGAGCACAUCCCUUAAUGAGUUGCCCUCAUGGGUAUUUUUGGAAGACAUUUGGUUAAUGCAUUUUUAAGCUGAUGGCUUUCAGAGACAAACUCAUGCAAAUGAUCUAAAGGGAAGUUUUUGCUUUUAUCUUAUUAACCUGGGUCUGCCAUGCAAAUAGUUCAAUAACUUUGUUUCUAGUUACUUACAUGCAGUUCUCAAAGGAUCAUUUAGUAUUUUGGCCAACCAUGAGUAAUUAGGAGUUUGUUUGUUUGUUUGUUUGUCUAUUUCACAAGUAACAGGGUUUUGUAACAGCCAGAGAUGGUAUCGAGCCAUGGAGAGAUCUGUCCCAAGAAGCACUAUUUCUUUGAGGAAGAGAGAAGUAUCUGGUUGGGGGGG